GUGGCUCCGGGGCUCUCUUCCGAUCACUGAGGGCAGCGGGAGACACCGGGCGGGACGCUCCCGGGAGGCUGUGGCGGACUUGCGGCUGCAGCGUGGAAACGCCUUGAAAGCAGAGCGGCGGGGCGCCGGAAAGAAGAGCGUGACAAGCCCUCCCCGGCCACUCUAUGCCUGGUUGGAGGCUGCUGGCUCAGGCCGGCGCCCAGGUGCUGGGUUGCCGCGCGGGCGGCCUGGGUGCUGCCCGGGGCUCGGCAAACAGAACGGUCAUCUGGCUUUUGGUUAGAGGUCUCCAUGGCAGGAGUGGUACUUGGUGGGAUGAGCAUCUUUCUGAAGAAAAUGUCCCAUUUGUUAAGCAGUUGGUCUCUGAUGAAAAUAAAGCCCAGUUAGCAAGUAAACUGUGUCCUUUGAAAGAUGAGCCAUGGCCUCUACAUCCUUGGGAACCAGGUUCCUCUAGAGUAGGCCUUAUAGCACUGAAGCUGGGUAUGAUGCCUUUAUGGACCAAAGAUGGUCAAAAGCAUGUGGUUACAUUACUUCAGGUACAAGACUGUCAUGUUCUAAAAUAUACUCCAAAGGAAAACCAUAAUGGAAAAAUGGCAGCCCUAACUGUAGGAGGAAAAACUGUAUCACGUUUCCAUGUAAGGAUGUGUUUUCAUUCUUUAGAAGAGUACAUUUCAUUAGUUUCAGAUCUGAGUUCUUUAGGUUUUGAGGCUAUUCCAUAGUCACAAAUUUGUGUUUAUCCAUGAGGUACAUUAUGGAUUUGAGGGAAGGCAGUCUAGUGAAGCCAUUGAGCCCGGGAUUCUGAGAGAAUUUGAGUUUGUUCCAGUACCUCUCCUCAGUAUUUGGAACAGUAACUUUACCCUCUAAGCUGAAGUAUUUGCCCAUCUGUACAAUAGGGAUAAAAAUACUACUUACCUAAGAGGUUUGUUACCAGGAUUAAUAAGAUUUUUCAUAUGUACCUAGCAUGUCACAGACACUUAGUAGAUGGUAGCUAUUUUGUCAUUUAUGUUUAAUUUCUCAUUUUUUUCUAAGUUGUCUCAAUACCUGACACCAGCAGCAUGUGGGGAUUAAUUUGUAUAUAUUAGAAAGAACUUUCUUUGUGUGUGUAAUUUUUUUAAUCUGAAAUCAUCACU